UUUUCUUCACAACAGAGCCCCGAAGAGGUGGUUUAGGUGGAACAACACUGCAGGAACACAUAAUAGAAUAAACAGGGUAACUAAAACGUAUGUACCAACUUCGCUUUAUUUGAAGGUACAGAUGACGACAGGAAUGUGUCGAGGACGGGACACCGCGGGCCGCACAGACGCGUAGAUCAAGCGCUUCCCUCUUGUUGACAUCACGGCAGAGAAAAGAUGGCGGCGCCCACUGCGGGAGACCAAAUGUCUAGUAAACUGACAGAUACUCGUUUAAACCACGAUGACGAAAACAGCCACGGUACCGAAUCUUCGCCAGCAGGCUCCGAGGGACUCCAGGACUUUGUGGUGGAGUUUGUGAACAAGGAGCUCGGCAGCGACCUAAAAUGCCUAAAAAAAGUCGGCGAGCUGCUGGAAAAACUGAGAGAGGAAAACAUCGCAUUGGAGGAACAGGUUCUGAGUGUGUCCAGCUCUAUGCCUCCUAAAGUUUCUGCAGCUCUGGCUGUUGCUGAGGAGGCCGGAUGUUCUCUGGAGGAGCUGCUGCGGAGAGAGAGGCUGGUCUCUAACAAACUGCACCAGCACCUACAGGGGGCAGAACUGUGGAUGGAUCGUUUUGGCCAGACAUUCAAGCAAGUGGAGAUCAUAGAGCGGCAUAUGAAAUACCUACAAUGCCUCCAGCAUAUAGAGGAGCUCAGUGCUGCAGUUCAACAGUGCCUGAUGACCAGCAGCGUCUGGGAAGCCAUCAAAGCGGUCGACAGCAUGGCCUCGCUGGACGCUGGGCUCAACCAGUCCGCAUGCCGUCACCUCAAGGACUUCCUCCGAGAAACGCUCCACUUCUGGCAGAAGAUCAUCAAGGACCGACUGGCCAGUGAUUUUGAGAAAGUGCUGACUCAGCUCCACUGGCCAAUCCUCUCCCCGCCCACUCAGUCCCUGACGCCUGCGGCCAACAGUCAGGAGGUCACCAGCCAGCUGGACCUGCUCGUCACACAGCUGCUUGCGCUGCAGACCUCCGAUGACCUCAUAUCUCAGAGGGCUUCAGCAUCCAGUCAGGCUGUACCCUCUACCCAGAUGACGUCUUCAGCCACAUCUUUUUCCCAAGCGCCUCCCCUCUGUCUGCCCGUCCAGAUUAUGCUCCAGCCACUGAGCAAGAGGUUCAGAUAUCACUUCUAUGGAAAUCGACAGACCAACUCCCUCAGCAAGCCAGAGUGGUACCUCACACAGGUUCUGAUGUGGAUGGGCAACAGCUCUUCGUUCAUGGAGGAAAAGAUCCAACCUAUUAUGGAUCGAGCUGGGGUCUCCAUCAGUGCCAGGGUAGAACUGUGUCGCGGCCUGUUGUCUCUAGUCCAGGAGAAGGUGGCCAGCGAUGCUUCAAAGCUACUGUACGACGAUGUGCUUCUCUGUCACCUGGUGGAGGAGGUGCUGCAGUUUGAAAAGGAGCUGAGGAGCAACCAGUCCUAUCCAGCAGUGCUGCCCGGUCUUCUCCACCUCCUGCUCGAUGACUCCAUCCUUCUGAAGUGGCUGACGGUGGAAAGGAAGAUGGCAGUGGAGAAGAUGGAUGCCAUGCUGUCAGCUGAGGGGGCGUGGAGCUCCCAAUACAAAGACAUCAGUGAUAUGGACGAGCUGAAAGCUCCAGACUGCGCUGAGACUUUCAUGACUCUGCUACAAGUCAUCACCGAGCGCUACCGGGCCUUGCCCUGUCCCUCUGCACAGCUGAAGUUUCUGGGACUACAGAGAGAACUGGUGGAUGACUUCCGCAUACGACUCACCCAGGUAAUGAAGGAGGAGUCACGCUGCCCACUUGGUCCCCGGUACUGUGCCAUUCUCAAUGCUGUGAACUACAUUUCCACUAUCCUCACAGACUGGGGGGACAAUGUGUUCUUCCUACAGCUGCAGCAGGCUGCAGUUUCACUCGGUGAGGAGGCGGUGCCAGGCGUCGGGGUGAUAGAAAUGGGUCGCCUGGCGUCUUUGGAGGGCUCUCUGUUCGAAGGCCUGCUGGCUCUGCUGGAUCGACUAAAGGGAGACAUGAUGGGACGGCUGCUAGAGUGGACCAUGAGGGAAAUCACAGAAAAAGCGAAACCAUACUGCCAAGACAGGUGGCUCUCCCUACCAUCCCAGCACGACCAGUCCACCAUGACUUUGUCCAGUUCCGCGUGUCCCAUGAUGUUGUGUGUGCGGGACAGGUUGCUGAACCUCCAUCAGGUCCUCAGCCUGUCUCUGUUCCAGCUGGCCUGGCAGGGCUUGGCCGAAAGACUCGACAACUUUCUCUACCAAGAUGUGAUCCUGUCCAACCAUUUCAGCGAUGGGGGAGCAGCUCAGCUUCAGUUCGACAUGACCAGAAACCUUUUCCCCCUGUUUGGCCACUACUGUAAAAGACCCGAGAACUUCUUUAAGCAUGUUAAGGAGGCAUGUAUCGUCUUAUGUCUUAACGUGGGUUCUGCUCUGCUGCUGCGGGAUCUUCUUAAAAAGUCGACGGAGGAGGCUAGAGACUGGACAGACGAGGGGGAUACUCCUCCACAAUCUGCUUUGAAUGAAUUGGGGGUUUACUGUUUGGCACCCUGUGAUGUGCUGAUUCUGAUUCACCUUAAAGCCUCCUUACCUGCACACUGACAUUUACAAAUAGAUAUAUGUGUUGGUGUGACUGAACACUUGAUUUCUUGUCAUCUUUAGUCUUUCAUGACAAGAUUGUCACUUUGUCACACUUUAUCUGUUUGUUUUCCUACACUUACUCAAGUGACACAACCCCCAGGUGCUUCUUGAAGCUGGGUGAAGCUGCUUCUAGUAAUCAUAAUUCUACACAUGUUCAGUACACGCUUAAAAUAAAAAUAAUACUCCAGCAUUAAAGAUCAAAAUGCAGGAUAUUGAGUAAUCAAUUGCCUUCAGACCUGUAGUAUAUGUUUCAUGCAAUGUGUAUAAUAAUGGGUUAUUACCAUAUUACUAUUACUACUAGUAAUAAUAAAUACACAUUUACUCUCUUUUAAAAUAGAAAUUUGAACAGUGUCUAUUACCUGUAGUGUAUUUUCUUCUGUAAUACAAAUACAGUACACGCUACGGAUCAA